GGGUUGUGCUGGUGUUGCUGUUGCUGUUGGCAUGUAUAAUAGUAGAAUAGAAAAACCAAAGCUUUGUGGGUUUGUGUGGACUUUUUUUUAGUGCAAAAAACAAAGUGCCACCCCUCUCUUUUUUUCCCCACUUUUUCUACCUUCUGGGGUUAUUGAUUAUCCAUCAAAAUCUCUUCUUUUUAAGUGUGUGGGGGAGUUUCACUUGGCUUCUUUCUCAUGGAGUGUAAUGAAUUUGUGUAUGGUGAAAUUCUUUGAUUCCACAGUCAACAGUACAAGAGUGGAUGUGUGUUCUUCUAUGCUGAGCUGUUUUUUAAGGCUUAAUUCAUAGUUUAGACCUUUGGGGUUUUUCUUCUAAAAUCACUUUGUUGGAGUUUGUCUGCAAGUUGCUUCAAAAUGGCACAAAAAAUGGAAAUAGUGAGCACUUCUGGUCAUCAUUGAUUGUGACAGCACGGCUCUAAACACAUACUCUCUCAUAGUCUUGUGUUGGAGGAGCCAAGCAAUGACUGUUUUCAUGCUCCUAUGUGCAACAGGGCCACCGAUCAAAAGAAGAGCGGGUUUGAGAAUUAAACAAGCAGGGAGAGGUUCAUACAGAGGAAGCUAGGCGUGUGUUUGAAGUUGCUAUUGGGUUUUUCUUUUGUGUUUCUUCUUUGUUUUGCGUAGUCCUGGAAAGUAGAACAGAAAGAUGGAUGCCACUUCUAUAAUGCAUUUGUUGAAGGGCUUUUGUGAUCACACACAAUGGAAAUAUGCUGGUUUUUGGAAGCUUGACCAACAUUUUCCUAUGACGUUGACCUGGGAAAAUGGUUACCAGAAAAGAGAUGAGGUUAAGGAAAGUAUGUGGGGUGACCUCAGUUUCAAAUCCCCAGAUGAGUUAUAUUCUUCAAGCGGUGAAAAUUCUGAUUAUUCGGCUCGAUUACUCUUGAUUGAAAUGUCUCAUCGCAAAUACAGUUUGGGAGAAGGGGUUGUUGGCAAAAUAGCUCUCGCCAGGGAUCAUUGUUGGGUUUCAUAUGAGGAUAUUCUCACCAGUAAAUUUGACACAGAUUUAAUCACUGAGUGUCCUGAUGAGUGGCUGCUUCAAUUUGCAUGUGGCAUCAAGACUAUUGUGCUUGUACCAGUGCUUCCACAAGGGGUUUUGCAAUUCGGUUCAUUUGAAGCGGUUGCUGAAGACAAGGAAUUUGUUACCAAUAUCAAGGAGAAAUUCUAUUCCACUCAUUAUCUGGAAGCAGAUAUUACCCCUUUAAAUUUGGGAACUGAUUGUCAAGAUGUGUCAUUCUCAGACCUAAUGCAUAAUUUGAUGGGCAGUUUGGAUGAAUCAUCAUCUUCUGUUACAAAAAGUAUAUUGAAAAGUGAAGUUUCAACUAGUCCUGCUGCCCUCAAUUCAAAUGGUUCAAGGUUGAACCCGACUAUGCUAUCAUUUAUUCAGGAUGACUGUUUCUUUUCUAGAGAAAAUUUACUAGAAUCUCUGAAAAGAGAAAAUGAAAAUGAGAUAGGUUCCUCAUCAACUGAGAUGCCAAGACAUAUCGGUAAGGUGGAGACAAAACCUAAUCAUAUGGAAGAGAUAUGGUCCUGGUCUCACUUGCUCAACAAUGUUGGAGUAUUUAGAGAGAUGUCAAAUGGAUUAGACUCUUCCUCGGUUAUAAAUACGACACAGAAACAACUUGGAGGCAUUGAAACUGGCCAUGAUGCUAAGAAUGUGAAUGACUUCGCUUUUCCCUCAGAGUCUGAAUUCCGCAAAGCACUUGGAUCAGUUUCAUAUGGAGAGACAGGCAAAUUUAUGUCAAAAUGUAUCUCUGUUGAGGAAACAUACAGUAACUCAACUCUUGUAAUCAACAAAAAAGAGCAUGAUCAUAUUAAAGGUUUGGAGUUUCCCAAAGAUGUUGAUCUGGAAUAUCUUUUAGAUGCUGUUGUUGGCAAUUUUUGUGGUGCUGCUGCUGAUACUUCAAGUAUAUCCAACAGUGUUAGGUCUCUUACAACCAUGCCAACAGAGUUUACCAGUUCCAUUCAGCCAGAAAAUUAUUCAGAAGAAAGCACUUUGAUUGUGGAUAGUUCAGAUGUGAAAAAUGAUCUUAUGCCUGCAAUCAUGGUCAAGGGAAAAGAUGAAUUUUCUAACCAUUUUACAUCAUCUUUUGAUGGAAAUGCAAGCUUAUUGAUUGACAAGGCACAACAGGAAAAGGCUAAUAGUCAUAUGCAGCCUAUUGGUGGACCAAAGCUCUCUAGCUCAAGCAAGAAAAGAACAAGAGUUGGUAACAACCAAAAGUCAAGGCCAAGAGAUAGACAGCUGAUCAUGGACAGGAUGAAGGAGUUGAGAGAACUUGUCCCAGAAGGUGGUAGGUGUAGUAUUGACAACCUCUUGGAACGUACCAUAAAGCACAUGCUGUACUUGAGAAAGAUAACAAGCCAGGCUGAGAAACUGAAACGAAUUGCUAAUCGGGCGGUUCCCGAGUGCAAAAGACAGAAAGUCAAUGCUAGCCACCCAGGAAGGAGCUGUGCAUUUGACUUUGAAAGUGAAGUAUCCUGGCCUAUAGUCAUAGAAGAUCUGGAAUGCUCAGGGCACAUGCUCAUAGAGAUGAUAUGCAACGAGCAUGGACUCUUCUUGGAGAUUGCUCAGGUGAUCCGGAAGCUGGAUGUCAUCAUCUUGAAAGGGAUCUUGGAAAACUGUUCCAGCAACAGUUGGGCUUGUUUCAUUGUUGAGGUUCCAAGAGGUUUUCACAGAAUGGAUGUUCUAUGUCCUUUACUGCAUCUUCUGCAGCUUAGGAGAAACCCUGUCUCUUGUAAAAGCUGACCCUACCAUGCCAGUUCUCAGUUUCAAACUGCAACUUCUAUUUAAAGAAGUUACAAUAAUAUUCAAGAGGGCCUUCUUUUGUGUAAUGCUGUAAAUGAUUGUGUUCAUGCCCUCGUUAGUGUACUUGCUGCAUUUUGGUGUUGAUUAUAAGCUAGUACCUAAAUUUAUGUAAACAAAAAAAGGACACUUUAGGGGUGCUACUGGCUGCGGAACAAUAUGCCUAGCAGGCAGUAGCUAUCUUUGAACUCAUUUCUGGUGUGGCAUUAUCAUCAUGACCUAAAUAGAUAACUAUGGGAGUGUUAGCUAGAAAAGUAGAGCCUUACCGCCGCUGGAUAUUAAACUGAGUAUGUUAUAUGAGUGUAAUUAAGUUGACAAUUCGCGGGAGAAUAACUGUUUGAUUCUCA